AGAGCAACCAGCGGGUUAGGACGCGAGGACCCCGAUCUUAAGGCUCAAACCCGCUGGGCUUAGGGUGGCUUUGGGCACGAACGAGGCGGAAGGAGGAGGAGGAAGAAGAAGGAGAAGAAGAGCAGCGAGCGAAAGCAGAGCGACGAACGCUCGACGUCCGCGUCGACAAAUCCCGCUUGCAGUUUGUCGACUUUGGCGCGUGCAAUCGUUCGCACCCGCUGCUGCCCUUUGAUUCAUCCAAUUGGAGAUCGGGCGCUGAGGCGAAGCGUUUGUGCUUGUGCCCCGGUGGAUCUUGUUUUCCAGAAGGGUGGAAUUUUGUGACUCCGGUUUGGCCGGUGACUCUGGGCACCGGUCCCGCUCCUGUACUCACGUCGUGGUACUUGUAAUACUAUUAUCGAGCUUUGAAGUGAUUGGACGACAAUAUCAUCGUGGACACUCUACAUUGGCGCCAAAGCGUCCAAGAACAAUUUCAACUUGUAAAUUUAGCUGUGGAGAUCUGCGCCUCUUUUUGCUGUAAUGUGACACGGAUCCACCUCUGCCCAAUCUAUUUGGUGCAGAUUUCAUUGUAUAGGCAUUUGUGGAUUUGAUUGAUCAAGGACGGUUCGAAGAGAUUUGCCUCUUGGACGACUUUGCUGCAGCAUUAAGGUCUAAAGAUAUAGAUCUCGCGAUUGUGGAGCACUUGAGAGGUGUGGCCGGGGUAAUGGAAGAUUCAUAUGGGAACUACUCGGUCGGAUCCAUCGGUGGUAGGGAUAUAGCUUCACCCGUCGUGUACGCUCACCCGGGCGAACCAGGAGGAAGAGGUGAUUCGGGAAGCAGGGGAUCACAUGGCAACCACAGAGGAUAUCGACGAGGGGGUUCGUAUCAAAGAGGGCGCAAUUUUGUAGACAAUAGGCCGAACAGUCAUGAACACCCACAGUUUGCAAAUGCGAGGCGGCAUGUUGGAGGACACGGUGGAGGCUUUGACAGUAUUCCGGACAGUCCACAAAGUGGGGAUUCGUUUAUUGGGGAGAGGGAAGGACGCGGUAGAGGUGUUACUGGCCCUUUGAGAUUCAAUUCAAACAAUUUUCGUGGUGGGCGAACUGUGUCGCAGGACAACCCGCAGGAUUAUAGGUCGUACGCCAGUGGAGAGAGUUCUUUUGAUGGGAACAGAGAGCGCUGGUCUGUGUCAGAAGCAGCACCUGCAGGUGAUAGUCGGAGUGAUGAUCAACUGGACGUGCAUCGGGAAAAUCAAGACCAUCGGAUUAGCGAGCAGCAACGGAGAUUCGCUGAAUCGAACCGAUUUGGGGGUUCUAGAAGAGGGUCGGGUGCAGGGAGAGGGCAAAGGUUCAACAGGAGAGGAUCGUCGGAUGGCUCACAUGCCCCUCAGACGAGUAGACGGGGUGGGACAUCAUAUCAUGAAGUAGAGGAUGGUAGAAGGUUAGAUAGAGGAAGCAGAGGAAGACACGACGAAAAUAGAGAGAUAGUUGUGGCCAAUUACACGAAUCAUAGUGAAGAUUCUGAGCAUGGAUCAGUUGGUCUACUCGCACACUUAGAGCAAGAAAUCCCACAGGCUAGUUCAACUACGAGCAACAACUACAAUAGAGAUGGAAAUUGGCCAGAGUUUUUUGGGGAAGUCGAAUAUGAUAGCAGACCUGGAAGUAGUUCUAGUGACAAUGUUCCCUUUAGAGAGAAUGCUGGAAGAGUAUAUGUUGGUGAUAGUGGAGGUGGACGAGGAAGACGGGAAAGCUACAGAGAGAACAGAAAAGCAGACGGGCCGUCGGUGAUCCAGGGACAUCGUAGAGACAACCAUCAAAUAACGGGACGUAAAAAAGCAGUUUUUCAAGCUGACAACGGAGAGGCCUUGUGGCGUGCAAAAAAAUCAGAAGUACCACAACUUGUGCAAGAGCUGGAAGAGAGGUUGACCAGAGGUACCAUUGAAUGUAUGAUUUGUUACGAUAUGGUGGGUAGAAGUUCACCAAUGUGGUCAUGUGGUAGCUGCUAUGCUAUAUUUCAUCUAAACUGCAUCAAGAGAUGGGCCAGAGCUCCCACAUCUACAGAUUUGUCAGUUUCUUCAGCAAAUCACUCUUUGGAAGGAAACUGGAGGUGUCCUGGUUGUCAAGCUGUGGAACUCAUCACUGCCAGGGAUCUUCGGUACAAUUGCUUCUGUGGUCAAGUCGACAAUCCUCCGGUUGAUCAUUAUCUUACUCCUCAUUCAUGCGGUGGUCCUUGCAAGAAGCCUUUGGAUAGGAGUAAGACAAAACGAUGCAAUCACUACUGUACGAUGCAAUGUCAUCCAGGUCCUUGUCCACCUUGUUCUGCAGUGGCUCCAUCAGAGUUUUGUCCUUGUGGUAAGAAGACCUUCACUCGCAGAUGUGGCGAACAAAAAGCUAUUAGCAGUUGUGGAGACGUUUGUGGGCGAAAGCUGUCAUGUGGACGUCAUUCUUGUUCCCGGAUUUGUCACGAAGGAUCUUGUGAGCUGUGCAAAGUCGAUGUCAAUACUCAAUGCUUUUGUGGAAAGAAGCAUGAAACCAUGUCAUGCGGAGCGGUGGAGAUACAAGGAAAUGUUGAUUUUGAGAAGGGUAUACUGUCAUGUGGCAGCCGUUGCUUGAAAACUCUUUCUUGUGGUAAUCACGAAUGUCAGGAAAAGUGUCAUCCUGGGCCUUGUGGAGAGUGUGAGGUUUCACCUGCAAUGUUGCAAACAUGUCCUUGUGGAAAGAAGAAGCUGCUGGAACUAGUCGGAUCUGGGCGACCAAGGAUCAAUUGUACCGAUCCUGUUCCGACCUGUGGACAAGGUUGUAGUAAAGUACUACCUUGCAAGGUGCAUGUAUGUAGAGAUCUAUGCCAUUCAGGUCCUUGCCCGCCCUGUCGGGUACCAGUGGAGCAAAAAUGCCGGUGUGGUUCCUCUAGUAGGUCAGUUGCUUGUCACGUUUCACAAGGAAAUCCUUUUGUGGGGGAGGAGACGGAAGGUCUUUUUCUUUGUGAGAGGAAAUGCGGACAAAAGAAAAGUUGCGGAAGACAUCGGUGUAACAACAGAUGCUGCCCUACGACAAAUGGAUCUAGCCUGCAGGAUACUAGCGAUCGGGAUCCGCACGACUGUAUUCUUGCUUGUGGAAAGAAGUUACGCUGUCGGCAACAUAAUUGUCAAGAGCGUUGUCAUUCUGGUCACUGCCCUCCAUGUUUAGAGUCCAUAUUCACUGAGCUGUCUUGUGCUUGCGGCAAAACUUCUAUACCCCCACCUGUUCCAUGUGGAACACCUUUGCCUUCCUGUCAAGAGCCAUGCUCAUUCCACCAGCCCUGUGGACAUCCAGCAACCCAUCUUUGUCAUUUCGGUGAUUGUCCACCUUGCACAGUCGCCGUGACUAAAGAAUGUGUUGGAAAUCAUGUUCUUCUUAGAGGAGUUCCUUGCGGAUCCAGAGAUAUCAAGUGCAAUAAGCUUUGUGGUAAAACUAGGCAGUGUGGGUUGCACGCUUGUGCCAGAGCUUGUCAUGUUCCUCCGUGUGACAAUGUAGAGGAUGCUAGUGCGAGGGGUGUGAAGACUGUGAAAAAUUCAUGUGGGCAGCCUUGCGGAGCCCCUCGAAGAGAUUGUUCUCAUACAUGCAUUUUGACUUGUCACCCUUCCGCCCCUUGUCCCGACAACCGAUGCAAAGUCGUAGUUACAAUCACAUGCGGCUGUGGAAGGAUAUCAGGGGAUGUUCCUUGUGAUGCAGGAGGCAGUAGCACCAGCAGAGCUUCAGCAGAGACGGAGAUGAUACUCAGCAGGUUACCAGCUCCUCUGCAGCCUAUUGCUCAGAGUAGUGAGAGGACUCCUCUUGGUCAGAGGAAAUUGUCGUGUGACGAUGAAUGUGGCAAGCUCGAGAAGAAGAGACUCCUUGCAGAUGCUUUUGGUGUGGAGCUGUCAGGAGAUUUCACCAGCGGAGACACUGGAGCAUUAGGGUCUGAGAUGUUGAGUGAGAUGCUCCGCAGGGAUCCGCAAUGGGUAUUAGCUGUCGAAGAGCGCUUCAAAUUUUUGCUUCUAGGACCAAAGGUUUCAACCCUGAAGGUCCACGUCUUCUGUCCCAUGGCGAAGGAAAAAAGGGAGGUCAUAUAUCAGCUUGCAGAGAGAUGGUCUUUGUCUGUGAGCAGUGCCGGUCGAGAGCCACGGAGGUUUCCUAUUGUUCACGUGACCAACAAGUCGAAGGUUCCGUACACACGCAUGUUAUCUAAAAGUCAGCUCCCCCCUGCAGGGCAGCAGACCCCUCCAGCUUUUAACGCAGCCGUCGACAUGGAGCCUGGUCUUGUGGUGGCAUUUUUUGAUGUCCCAAGAGAGGUUGAUAUGAGUGGUUUGGUUCUGAGAUUUGCAGGAGAGUGCGAACUCGUCUGGUUGAAUGACAAAAACGCCCUGGCAAUAUUUGGAGAUGUGGCCAGGGCUGCCACGGCUUUAAGACGAGUGGAUCACACAACUGCAUACAAAGGUGCCAUCUCUGUGCCUGGUUCUGCUGUUUACACAUCAAGUAAAGGGGCUUGGGGACAGGCAGCUGGUUCUUCCUUUGCUACUAAACCGUCUGCCAAGAAGAAAGCUGUGCAGGAGUCUAGCUGGGUGGAGGAUGCUUGGGGAGAUGAUAACAGAAAAUCAUCCAAAGAGCAACUUACUGGGGCCUGGCAAAGAAAGGAACCCUCAAUCAUUACUAAAAAUCCAUGGGGAGCAUUGGAACAGACUAGAGCAAGGGUGAGUGAUGCUCGGCUCAAAGGGUGUUAUGUCUCCAGUCAACCUUCGGGUACAUCUCAAGCCUCUACUAAGGAAGGUGAAAGCAGUGCGCAGGGUGAGCGGACAAAACCUGUCAAGUCUACAACCAAAGAAAGAGGUGACCAGGCUGGGCCUUCGGGAGCUUCAAAAGAGGUCUCAAACUGCGCCACUGUUAUUACAAAAAGCCCCGCAGAUGACUCCCUUGUCCCGCAAAACGGUGAAAAGGACGACUGGGAGAGAUUGUUGGAUUAGACUCUACAAAGUUUUGACCUAUACUUGCCUUCAUAUUGUUUUGUCACCCAUUUCCAAUCAAUAAAUGUUUGGAAAGAUUGUGAAUUUUGUCC